CCGACUUCGGUCUUCUACCUGACUGCUGGAUCGUGCCUGUUGCUGGCCGGCUCCAUCGCCGACGUGGUCGGCACCAAGACGAUGAGCCUGGUAGGGGCCUUCGCUGCUGCCGUCUCCGCCAUGGCCUGUGGUCUGUCCCAGAGCGGCGGCCAGUUGAUUGCCUUUCGUGCUUUGCAGGGCAUCACCAACGCCAUCAUCGUUCCCUCGUCCGUCUCCAUCGUCUCGACCGGCCUGGAGGAGGGAAGGCCGCGCAAUUUGGGCUUUGCAUGCUUGGGCUUUGCUGGUCCGAUUGGAUUCUCCCUUGGUCUGGUUCUGGGCGGCGUCUUUGCCGACAGCACGGGCUGGAGGGCCGCAUUCUAUCUUGCCGCAGCCACCACCUUCGCUUUGUUCUUGGCCGGUAUUUGGGUAUUGCCAAAGAAUGCUGUCCUUCCGGGGGAUAAAUCGCUCUGGUCCAGAACUUUGACGGAAAUUGACAUCGUUGGGGCAAUCAUCGGGACUGCAAGUCUGGUCAUGCUGUCCUAUGCUCUCGCAGUCUUAUCCGCAGACACCCACAGCAUUCACAAGGCAUCCACCAUUGCUCUGCUGGUUGUCAGUGCUGUCCUGAUCCCUGGGUUCAUAGGAUGGAUGCAGUACCAGGAAAAGCACCAGCGCAAUGCACUCAUCCCCAAUUCACUGUGGAAAAACUGGGUGUUUACCAGUUGUUGCCUGAUGGUGCUCUUCACCACGGCUGUAUGCAAUUGCAUGGAGCUAUACAGCAGUCUGUUCUUCCAGCAGGUGCAGCGUCAUUCUGCGCUGCGCGCUUCUCUGCAGAUUCUCCCGUCGCUCAUUUCCGGAGCGUUGACUAACAUAUCGACCGGCAUCUUUGUGAACCGUAUGCCAGUUAUGUGGUCUGUACUCAUCUCCUCGACCAUCAGCGCAGUUGCACCGCUUCUCAUGGCCCUCAUCCAUCCCGAAUGGCCUUAUUGGUACGAUGCCUUCUUCGCUCAGAUUCUGACUCCAUUGAGCUGCGAUAUUCUCUUUACCGUUGGCCUCCUCGUCGUGUCAGACGUCUUUCCCGCACACAUGCAGGCCUUGAGCGGAGCUGUCUUCAACACUUGUGCGCAGCUGGGUACAGCUAUUGGCCUGACCCUUACUUCACUCAUUGCAACCUCUGUGACCAAUGCGUCUUCUAACGCUGACAAAGAGUCACCCAGCGCCCUUAUGGAUGGGUAUCGGGCCGUCUUCUGGACCAUGUUCGCCGCCAUGGCAUUAACUUGUGUGCUUAGCGUGCUUGGAUUACGGACAGUUAAGCAGUUGGGGGUUAAGAGAGAUUAG